AUGGGUGCCGAAAAGACCAAUAUCCAUCCUACCAAGACAGACGACGUCGAGCAGGGCACUGUCGAUGAUGUUGCCUUCCAGGGUAUUCCCGGCACUCGUCUUCUCAUUGAACACUCCGACGCAGAAGUCGUCCUGCUCCCUCGACCAUCCUCUUCUCCCGAUGAUCCCCUGAACUGGAAAUGGAGACGAAAGUACACUGCCCAGGCGAUCGUCUUCACCUGGGCUUUUAUGCUUGGCGCCGCGACACUCUCAGCAGCAGUCACUUAUGUACCGGUGAUGGCAGAGCUUGGGGCGUCCAGCAGCUAUCUGAACGUUGGCGCAGCACUUGCUCUUCUUAUGCUUGGGCUGGGUAAUCUCUUGUUCAAUCCACUGGCUUUGCGAUUUGGAAGACGUCAUGUGUACUUUAUCUCCACGAUCAUCAGCGCCAUCUCUCAGAUCGUGACCGCAACGGCCCAAACAAAGGCAACCUUUAUCGGCGGCCGGAUUCUGCUUGGUUUCGGAGCUGCUCCUUUCGAGCAGCUUCCUGCUUUGACGGUAGACGACCAGUUCUUUGUUCACUGUCGCGGUCUCGGAUUGUCCAUCUACACCCUUGCCAUUACAAUGGGGUCCUUCCUGGGGCCUGUUGCAUCUGGAUUUGUGGCUGACGACAUGGGCUGGAGAUGGGUCUACUGGUUCUACGCCAUCUUCCUGUUUGCCACAGCGGCUCUCAUACUCUUCGGCCUCGAAGAGACCGGCUUCGCUCGCCAACCCCACCAACAAGAAAACACCGAUAUUCACCAAUCCCCCAAACCAUACCUCGCAAAGCUCAAACUAAUCACAUCCCUCCCCUCCCCCGCCCCCUUCCACCGCACAGCGACAAGCCCCCUUUACCUCCUAACCUCCCCCCUAAUCUGGUGGAGCGGCAUAAUGUACGGCUUCGGCGUCGCCUGGCUAUCAAUAAUGGCCUACGAAUCGUCCACAAUCUUCACGCUAUAUGGCUUCAGUCCCUCAACGCUCGGCCUCACCAACAUCGCACCCUUAAUCGGCGCCUGCCUCGUCGUCUGGCUCGGCGGCGCCGGAACAGACCACUUCAUGGUCUGGAAGGCCCGUCGAAACAACGGGGUCAUGGAACCCGAGACGAGAAUCUACUCCGUCUUCUUCGCGGGACCCGUCAUGGGCGCGGGCCUUGUCCUCUACGGCGUUGGCGCCGCACAGGGGUUGCACUGGGCUGGACCGAUUAUCGGAAUGGGCAUGAUCGGUAGCGCGCUACCGAUCGCGGCGGAGGUUGCGCUGGGGUAUGUGAGCGAGAGCUACCCGAGUCUGGCGGGUGAAGCGACGACGGCGGUGAUUGUGAUUCGGAACGUAAUCGGGUGCGCGAUGACGUUUGCCAUUGGGCCGUGGAUUGAGAGUAGUGGGUUGAGGGAUACGUUUGUUGCUGUCGGGUUAUUGGCGUUUGUCGUCUUUUGUAGCGGGAUUUUGCUUAUUUUAUGGGGGAAGAGGUGGAGGGGGAUGGGGGCGAAGAGGUAUCAUGCUAUUGUGGCGAUGAAGGGGUAG